UUUUUGGAUGAUGGGUGCAGAUCCCAGCAGGGUGGCCUUUUGCACUUGGCAGAUGGUAAUUUUGUCAAUGUCUAUUGUUUCCAAAUGCCGGCUGAGAUCUCUUGGCACGGCACCCAGUGUGCCCAUCACCACCGGGACCACCUGCACUGGUUUCUGCCAGAGUCUUUGCAGUUCAAUCUUGAGGUCCUGAGAGUGGCUGAGUUUUUCCUGUUGCUUUUCAUCAAUGCGACUGUCACUAAAUGCCCUGCUAUUGGGAUGUGGAGGGAAGUUAUCACUGCUCGGGCUCCCUUGCAGGGAAUGCACUUUGCACAUGCUCAGUGUGCCCCCUUUCUUUUGCACAUUUCCUUUCCCUUCCCUGGGGCAGCAGUCCUGCCUCCUUAACCCUUCCUUUCCUGGAGGAAGGAAGGAACUUUUCCCCCUUUGGCAGUGGGAGUGGCCUGGGCUGCAACCCAGGGAGAAAGGGAAAAAGGAGGAGGAGGAGGAGGGCUUGGCCUUUCCCCAACUUUGGGAUCCCUUCCUUCCCUCCUUCCUUCCUUCUUUCCUUCUUUCCUUCUUUUCUUUCUGCCUGCCUCUCUCUCUCUCUCUCUCUCCUGAGGGCCAUGGCCAAGUCCUACGACCACCUCUUCAAGCUCCUGCUGAUCGGGGACAGCGGCGUGGGCAAGACCUGCCUCAUCAUCCGCUUCGCAGAGGACAACUUCAGCGGCACCUACAUCAGCACCAUCGGCAUUGACUUCAAAAUCCGGACCGUGGACAUCGAGGGCAAGAGGAUCAAGCUGCAGGUCUGGGACACGGCCGGGCAGGAGCGGUUCAAGACCAUCACCACCGCCUAUUACCGGGGCGCCAUGGGCAUCAUCCUGGUCUACGACAUCACGGACGAGAAGUCCUUUGAGAACAUCCAGAACUGGAUGAAGAGCAUCAAGGAGUACGCUGCCUUGAGCUGGGACGAGAGGCGGAAUGCCUCCUCGGGGGUGGAGCGGCUCCUCCUGGGGAACAAGAGCGACAUGGAGGCCAAGCGCAAGGUCCCCCAGGACAAGGCCCAGAAGCUCUCCAGGGAGCACGGGAUCCGCUUCUUUGAGACCAGCGCCAAGUCCAGCACCAACGUGGAGGAGGCCUUCCGCACUCUGGCCCGGGACAUCCUCCUGCAAUCCAGUAAAAGAGUGGCUCCGCAGCCCAGGGGCCCCGUGGACCUCAAAGGGGCCCAGAAAAGCCACAGCAAGUGCUCCUUGGCCUAGCGAUGGACGGACGGAUGGGCGGAAGGUUGUUUGACAUGCCAAGACAGAGGUCCAGCCGGCUGGACCGCUCCCUCCUCUUCCUCCUCUGCACCUCCUUUGGCUCCGUGUGGCCCUGCUUUCCCCCAGGACUGUGGAUCCGGAGGCGGGAACGGAUGCGGAUUCAGCCCCUCCCUUGAAACCACGUGGCUCCGUGCUGUGCGGUCCUGGGAGUUGUGGUUUCCCAAGGACCUUGGCCUUUUUUCUGCCAGGCACCACUCAAACUGCCAGGGCUCCGUGCUAUGGGGUCCUGGGAGAUGUAGUUUCCCAAGGUAUUUACCCUUCUAUCAUGUAGAACGAAUGCAGUUUGGUCCCACUUGAACUUCCAAGGCUCCGUACUGUGGGAUCGUGGGAGUUGUAGUUUGCCAUCUUGUAAAGACCUUGUAAUACUACAGAUCCCCAGGAAUCUUGAGGAGGAAUUUGAGGAGUCUCAAAUAAUGUAAUAAUGCAAUUAGAGACCCCUUUCGCCGCCCUGGCCCCCGUGCUACAAUCCUGGGAGUUGUAGUUUAGAGAAGGCCACGAAAACCUCGCGGGACUGCAUCUCCCAGGAUUCCCUUUUAUCGCAGAUGGCAUUCGCUCUACAGAGCUCUACGCUGCAAGGAGAAAAAGGGAAGAUAGCCUGGGAUUGCGUCCUCCUUCCAACUGCAUCAGUCUUUGUUUCCAUAGUCUUGGGGUGGAAUGGCCAUCUGCCGGGAGGGAUCGAAUUGUGCCCUGCCUUGAGCUGCCCUACAGUGUAGAUUAUCUUGUUUUUGGGGAGGAAAGAGAAAAAGGGAUUAUUUGGGGCUCGUUUGCACCGAGUUCCGCUUUGCGCAUAGGAAAGACCCCGAAGAGAACAUUUCCGGCUCUGUGUUGCCUUUUGUAAUCUUUGAAACAGUAUUAAAUAAAACCAGAUUUUGAAA